AUAACAGUGUCCUCUAGCAAAUUUUCCCUUUACUCCUUGGACAACCCACACCGCGGACUUGGCUUGGCGAUAGGAAAGGCGGCGGCGGCGGCGGCUGCUCCACACCGGCGGCUACCUGAAGCUGACGAGCAACCUCUCCACUCAGAAUUUGGUGGCGAUCGUCCGGUUCACAGAAUGGUGAAAAGGAAAAAGAUGAGCACUGAACGGACCUGGAAGGGUCCAAAGAGGAAGAACAUGAAGGUCACCAAAGCAGCCGGGACCGCUCCAAAGUUUGAAAGGUCCCAUGAAAGAUUCACAUGGAAGGGUGUGCUGUACUCUGAUGGGCAGAAGCUGUUCAAAAUACUCCCCCCUCCACGUCACCGCAGGGGGAUUACAGUUGCUGGAUCAUGUUCCUGGUUAUCCGUGGCAAGUGCACUGGAGGCAGCCAAUCGCGCUUGCGGAAUUGAGGUGGGACAGUUAGCGUGGGAGGAUCUACUGGAGUUGGUAGGAACAGAGGCUCAGUGUCGCAUAGGUUCUUGUCUGCGUGCCCUAAAGUACAGAGGCAUUCGAACAAGGGCUGAUUAUCUUCAGGGGAACAUGGAAGCAAAAAGAUACAGAAUCUCUCAGUACACUGAAUUCUGUCGACCUGAACUUAUGGAUGAAAAUGUAGUGAGUGGCUUAGACAAGGAUAAUAUUAAAGCUGCUAUAGAUAACGCGCUUAGUAAAUCUGCUGUCAUAUGCUUUUUCCCUAUCAGCGACAAUUACUACACGGACUUCAAUGCUGGGGUGGGGAAUAUUUAUCAGUACGAUGAGACGCAGACAGUCUUCAUGGAUGAUGGUCGGGUGGCUACGCAUACUGCAAUGGUCACAGGUUUUGGAUUUGAAGAAGACAUUCCAUACUUCCAGAUCCAGGACUGCAACGGUAAAGGGUUUGGAAAGAAAGGCUUCUGCAGAAUCCUGCCAAGUUCUAUUAUAUCUAUUUUUGCAUUCGAUAUUCUCCAGGACUGAGGAUAUUAUGUUGCAUCAUACUGGACCUUGUAUCUGGAUCAACUAUGAGUAGUAUCUUGUAUUGUAAAAAUCAGUUUGUUGAAGUACAUCAGUAGAAUGAACCUUUUAUUAUCUAGUGUUUAUUUCCUUCAA